AUGGAGAGGAAGAGGAAGGGGAGGGGAAGAGUGAGAGGUGGCUGGAAGGAGAGGGAAGGGAGAAGAGAAGAGGGAGGCGGAAAGAGGGAAAAAGGGAGAGGGAAGGGAGAAGAGAAGAGGGAGCGGAAAGAGGGAAAAAGGGAGAGGGAAGGGAGAAGAGAAGAGGGAGGCGGAAAGAGGGAAAAAGGGAGAGGGAAGGAGGAAGUGAAGAGGGAGGCGGAAAGAGGGAAAAAGGGAGAAGGAAGGGGGAAGAGAGGAGGGAGGCGGAAAGAGGGAAAAAGGGAGAGGGAAGGGGGAAGAGAAGAGGGAGGCAGAAAGAGGGAAAAAGGGAGAGAGAGGGGGCGGGGGAAGAUUAGGGUUGUUUUCCUCCCCCCUUUCUAA